AUGGCUGGCACUAGCAGCAGCACGCUAAGCACCCAAGCUACCGGCAGCACACCCCGCCGCUCAAACGAGACCAUCCCAAACUUCUCCCGCCCCCACACACCGCGCUCGCAGACGGCCCCGCCCGAGCCACAGGACCUCUACCACCCAGCCGAGGUCACCGCCGGCACCACCGGCCCCGAGGGCGAACCCGUGCGGCUCGACAUUGCGCCAGUGAUACUAGCAACACCAUUAGUAGUGACAGAGCCUGAGCCCGAGCACACAACAAUAAUAACACCAGAAUCAAUACCGGGGCUCGCAAUCGCCGACCUCCCCCCAGCGUCAAUACCCGGCCUCGCCAUCGCCGAGCCCCCUGGCGACAUCCCCGGGAUCGCAAUGUCCGACCCCGACCCCGGCCCUGGCCCCGCAGACAUCGACACGCCACUCCCGCCGCGCCCAUCAAUAACGCAGCGCCCGCCCACCGCGGCGUCAACAACCAGCUCGACCUCCCCUCCGCCGCCGCACGCCCGCCGCGCCCGCAUCGCGAUCGUCGACGCCCCGCCGCCGCCGCCGACGCGCAACGGCGCCGACAGCAAGAGCAUCCGCUCGCAGAUCGCGCCGUCCAUCUGCUCGCCCGAGGACGAGGUGCUCAGCCUCAAGGUGCGGUCGCUCUACGACUCUGGCGUCGGCGGAAGCGACGCCGGCAGCCAAUUCUCGAAGCGCGUCAGCAGCAUCAUGGAGGAAGCGGGAAAGCGCGCGAGCCGGGUGUCGCGCAACUCAUUCGUGGGCAGCGGCGACGAGCGGUUUGCGGAGGAGGAGGAGGAGGCGGCGGAGGCGGCGGAGGAGGAGCAGAGGAUUAAGGAGGCGUUGGAGGCCGCGGCGAUCGAGGAGGAGGAGGCGGCGGAGGAGCAGAGGGAGUUGGAGAGGAGCGUGCAUUUGAGGGCCGGGGGGGCGGAGGAUUGGGAGGAUUUGAAUGGCAGCGACGUGGACAGCGUGGGGGUUUGCAUGUUUCCCACGUUUCUUGAUACGGCUUCAUCCACACCACCACCACCCGACACUCCGCCCCCGCCGGCACCGCGCCCCCCACCCCCCGCGUCUUCACCCCCCGCGCCGCGUCUCCACCGCCCUACACCUCCACUCCACCACCCCCAAAAACGGAGCCACCACCUGCACCUGCGCAUCUCGCCCUUUACGCACGCAGCGCCGGAGAUGCUGCGCUCGCCGCUCCCCGGCGCCACGGCGCUGCUGCGCGAGAAGGAGAACAACCGCGCCAAGAAGUGGCGUGAGAUGGCGGUCGUGCGCAAGAUGAGCGAGCGCGGGGACGAGGGCGGGAGGGGCGGCGGGUGCGAGUGGGGGUUUGUGACGGGCGAUCCGAAGCUGAUUAGUCGCACGUGGAAGGGGAUUCCGGAUUGCUGGAGGGCCGCGGCGUGGCAUGCGUUUUUGACGGCGAGUCGGAAGAGGAGGGGGAUUGGGAGGGGGGAUGGGGAGUUGGUGGAGAUGUAUGCGGAAUUCAUCACACGACCCUCAGCAGACGACGUUCAGAUCGAUCUUGACGUCCCUCGUACCAUAAACUCGCACAUCAUGUUCCGACGGCGGUAUCGAGGCGGGCAGCGGUUGCUCUUCCGGGUGCUACACGCACUGUCGCUGUACUUCCCGGCGAUGGGAUAUGUGCAAGGGAUGGCGAGUCUGGCGGCCACGCUGCUAUGCUACUAUGAUGAGGAGACGGCCUUCGUCAUGCUCAUCCGCAUGUUUGAGCUUAGGGGACUGGAGAAGCUAUAUCAGGCGGGAUUUGGUGGCCUGAUGAGUGCUUUGGAGGAGUUUGAAAAUGGGUGGAUUAGAGGUGGGGCGGUUUCGAGGAAAUUGAACCACUUGGGCAUUGGUCCUACGACCUAUGGCACACGAUGGUACCUGACCCUAUUCAACUACAGCAUGCCGUUCCCAGCACAGCUUCGUGUCUGGGAUGUGUUCAUGCUUCUGGGAGACCCAGAUGUAAUCUCCGAAUCGAAAUCGGUAUCCUCGCCACUCGGAACAGCACCUCCAGCUGCGCCCGGAGGAGAAAGUGCAAUCUCGGCGGACGAAGGGUUUGGAGGAACGCUAGACAUCUUACAUGCGACGAGCGCGGCGCUAAUUGACUCGAUGAAGGACAUUAUUGUCCGCAGUGAUUUCGAGGGCGCCAUGAAGGUUCUGACUAGCUGGAUUCCGGUUAAGGACGAGGAGUUGCUCAUGAAGGUAGCAAAGUCGGAGUGGAAGAUGAGGAAGAGACGACGUGGCGGGGGAGGAGGGGCCGCUGGUGGGGCUCAUCAUCAUCAUCCGGGAAGGGCCAGUCUUGGAACAUAG